CAAUUGUGUGCAGUAUCCGCCUCUGUCCUGCGGGCGUCGCUGACGGUGCCGGAGCUCCUUGGUGACCCGGAAAUGAACAACUGCUAGGCGGCCCUUCGGCCGACCUGUCGGGGUCACCGGGAUCCAAUAUGGCGUGGAGGAGCUGCUCCGUCCUGCUCAGACUGACCGGAGAUGAAGGCUUACGGAGCUCCGUGAGGGGUGGCAGGUGGCCUCAAAGCUUCCAGCAGAGAUGCGGCUUCAGGAAAGCUGCAAGGAAACCCGAGUCCAAGAAGGUGGAAGAGGAGUUGGGCCCCGCCCACAGCGAAUCCUCUGAAGCCGCGGCACAGCGCCGGACCCCCGCUCCUCACUGGGACCAUCAAGCUCCACCCAGUCCCCCACGCGCCUUCGGCCGGCUCGUCAGGCCGCUCGUCUUUACCAUCGGGUUUACAGGCUGCUCCUUCGGCUCGGCGGCCAUCUGGCAGUACGAGUCCCUCAAGUCUCGAGUGCAGAGCUACUUUGACGAGCUGCGAGCCGAUUGGCUGGAGAAGGUGCGACCUCAGAAACGAGGAGACAUCCGCAAAGAGAUCAACCAAUGGUGGAACAGCCUGAGCGAGGGCCAGAGGACGGUAACAGGGAUCAUUGCUGCUAACGCCAUCGUGUUCUGCUGCUGGAGAGUGCCGUCUCUGCAGCGCUUCAUGAUCAGAUACUUCACCGCCAAUCCGGCCUCCAGGACUCUGUGCUCUCCCAUGAUUCUCUCCGCCUUCAGUCACUUCUCGUUCUUCCACAUGGCGGCCAACAUGUACGUCCUCUGGAGCUUCUCCACCAGCGCCGUCUCCAUGCUGGGCCGGGAGCAGUUCAUGGCCGUGUACCUGUCGGCAGGUGUUAUUUCUACGUUUGUCAGUUAUGUGUGCAAGAUGGCCACGGGGAGGUUCGGCCCGUCUCUCGGAGCGUCUGGCGCCAUCAUGACCGUCCUCGCUGCUGUUUGUACCAAAAUACCUGAAGCCAAACUGGCCAUCAUCUUCCUCCCCAUGUUCACCUUCACCGCUGGCAACGCUCUCAAGGCCAUUGUUGCCAUGGAUACCGCAGGCCUGGUGCUUGGAUGGAGGUUUUUCGACCAUGCUGCUCAUUUAGGAGGAGCCAUGUUUGGAAUCUGGUACGUUCUGUUCGGCCACGAGUUGAUCUGGAAGAACCGAGAACCUUUCGUCAAACUUUGGCACGACUUCAGAACUCGAAGGGGACCGGGAGGAGGAGAAGGCGGCGGCGGAGGGGACCGAGGAGGCGCCAUUUAGGACGCUGAAACGCAGAGAAUGAAGGAAAUAAAAUACUAACGUAACAUGUAAAGCUGUAUAAAAUGUACAGAGAGAAUCACGGAGCCCGGGCACAGGCCGGAGUCGAAGUAAAGACUCGUACUUGUAUUUAUAAAACAUGAACGAUUCCA